AUGGAAUAUACAAGUGAUUCUACUGUUAAAGACAGCCUUAUGGGUAGAGUUUUACCCAAUGAUACAGCUGCAGAGCGUGAACUUAAGAAAGGCAAUCUUUAUUACAUUUUUAAGUUCCUUAUUGUGGCAAUUUUCUGUUUUAUCUUUUAUAACACAGGCUCAUCAUGGAUUGGAAGAAUCAUUAAGACAAUUUAUAAGUCAGACAUUGAUAUUAACAUUAGCCUUACUGCCAGAACAACAUUAGCUUUAGCAUUAUGGUAUGGAUUACAUUCUUUAAUAACAGUUUGCAACAAAAACCUUACCGACUCAUGGCAAUUUAUCUUCCACACAUCAUUCCUUUGGGCCCAUACACUUGUUUUCAUAGCAAUCUGGGUCGGAAUGUGGUUUAUUCCAGAUAAACUCUUCGAUAUUUACUUGGAAGUUGCAAAAUUCAUUUCAGGCUUCUACCUUCUUCUUCAGAUCUUCUUCCUUGUUGAUUGGUUCCAUGAACUUAACGAUAAAUUCUAUGAUGAAAACAAUAUGAAAGUCAUUAUUAUUUCUACAGUUAUUUUCACCAUCUCUGCUAUUGUAGGAUUUUCUUUAGAGUUCUACUUCUUCUGUCUCUCGGGUUGCGGCUUAGAAACAGGCAUUGUUUCCACAAAUCUUAUUUUAUGCAUCUUAGUUUUCUUAGGAGCCAUGUUUACAGAGCGCGGAUCAAUCUUUACAGCUUCCCUCGUUUGCUGCUACAUUGCUUAUCUCACAGCUGCUGGUUUAAUGUGCCAUACUUCACAGAGGCCAGGGAAAUCCCCUGCUACUUGUUCCAGAAUUUCACAGACAGCUUCCAACAACGUAUUCAGAGUAUUCUCAUCAUUGUUUACACUUGCUUGGAUGACUUAUUCUGCAUUUUCAGCAUCAAAUUCAAUUGAUGCUUGCAAAUGCAAAGAAGAUGAUCCAAAUGAUGACACACCAAAGUUCUCACUCUCUUUCUUCCAUGGUGUUUAUGCUCUCGCCGCUGUUUACUUGACAAUGAUUGUUACAUCAUGGGCAAGCGUCGGCGGAAACAACGAAACAGCAUCUUGGACAACAGAUAAAGGAAAGGUCGCAAGAUGGGUCAACUUUGGAGCUUCUUGGGUCACAUUGGCUCUUUAUAUCUUAUCCCUCAUCGCUCCUCUCAUCUGCCCUGAUAGAGAUUUCGAUUAA